UUAGACAACCCAUAAACAUUUAAUGAUAGCUUAAUUACGACCACGACGACGAUGGACGACCCUAACGCUUCCCCGCACACCGUGACUGGUCGGAACCCUCGCCGGGAAGCUUCAGACGAAGUCGCGCCUCUUCCUCACGAAGCACAAACACCGUCAACAUCGCAAGAGAAGGAAAGCCUAAACGUAUUUCUCAGGAUCCGACCCAUUCCCAUUCUAUCACAAGCUCUGCGAGCUAGACCUAAAGUGGCGCCGGCGUGGCCUAAGAAACCAAUGAGGAAGAACAUACCACGACCGAAGAAAAAGAGCACCGCCGUGUGCUUAUCGGUUCAGGAUUCCCAGUCGGUGACGCUAUCAACUCCCUCGAGCCUGCAGGUAUCGAAGCGAAUAGAAUCAGUGACUUAUGGGGGUUUCUCUCACGUUUUUUCUUCCGAUUCAUCCCAGUCUCUAGUGUAUGAUAGAAUGGUGAGACCCAUGGUGGAUGAAUUCCUUAAGGGUAGAAGUGGAAUGCUGGCUGCUUUGGGGCCUAGCGGGUCAGGGAAGACACAUACUGUGUUUGGAACCCCAAGGGAUCCUGGAAUGGUUCCUCUUGCCCUCCGCCAUAUUUUCAACGAGACUGAGCCUUCAAGGUCAUACUACUUAUCAAUAUUUGAGAUAUAUACUGAACGAGGUAAAACAGAGAAGCUACUUGAUUUAUUUCCGAAUGGCAAUGAACUAAGCAUGCACCAAUCCACUGUAAACGGCCUGCAAGAGGUUCUCAUCUCUAAUGCUGAACAGGCAGAUUCCUUAAUAACAAAAGCAAUGUUGAAACGAGCAACUGCAAUGACAAACACCAACAGUCAGUCCAGCCGCUCACAGUGCAUCAUUAGCAUUCAUGAUGUUCCCCAAAAAUGUAAAGGAGUUGUCAAUUCUAAGUCAAAUGGUGCUGUUUUGACUAUCAUAGAUCUUGCUGGAUCUGAACGAGAAAAAAGAACAGGGAAUCAGGGGACAAGAUUGCUUGAAAGCAAUUUUAUCAACAACACAUUAAUGGUGUUUGGCUUAUGUUUAAGAUCCUUGUUGGAGCACCAGAAAAAUCCAAAAAAGCCGUUGCAGAAGCACUUCCAAAGCUCUAUGUUGACUAGGUAUUUACGAGAUUAUUUGGAGGUCAGGAAGCGGAUGGCAUUGAUUUUAACAGCAAAGUCAGGAGAGGACGAUUAUCUUGAUACAUCUUACCUACUGAGACAAAGUUCUCCAUAUAUGGAAAUCAGGUAUAAUGUAGUUGAAGCACCAAAUAUGGUUCCCAGUAAAAGGCAUUACCAAGCUUCCAUAAUGGAUAACGUGGAUCCAUCACCUUCUUCAGAACAAAAGAGAGUUAGAGUUGUUAGUCAACAUACUGUGCAGAAUGAAAAAAAAGAUGUUGAAGAAUGCAACACUUAUAAGGAAGGUAAUGCUUCAACCGUAUGCAAGUUAGAUGCAUGUGAUGACAGUGAGAGAUGCCAUACUAUUUUUAAAAAUUUUGCAAAAGUCAUUUGGAGUUGUUUGAAGCAAAACAACUCCAAAUUAAAGGCUGUAGAAAGAGAGUAUGAAAAGGUCAAAGAAAGCCUCCAGGCUGUAGAAAAAGAGUAUGAAAAGGUCAAAGAAAGCCUCGAGGAUGAAAAGAAAAAGAACAUAGAGCUGGAAAACCGGUUGAUCGAAUUGAAGAAAACAAUGCAUACAAAGUCAUCAUCUGAUAAUAUACUUGACCAGUUAGAUGAACUUACUCUUGUCACUUCCUGUAUAGAAGAAGUAGAUCCAGAUUCUGAAAAAUGGGAAGUCUCAAUCUCUUCAUCUUCAAAACCAGAGCAUAAUGAAGCUUCGAAGAAAACAAUGCAUGCAAAGUCAUCAUCUGAUAAUAUACUUGACCAGUUAGAUGAACUUACGCUUGGCACUUCCUGUAUAGAAGAAGUAGAUCCAGAUUCUGAAAAAUGGGAAGUCUCAAUCUCUUCAUCUUCAAAACCAGAGCAUAAUGAAGCUUCGAAGGUGGAUACUGCGACUAGUGAUCCUGUUCUUCAGCUAAGAAGACCAACCAAAAAAUGGUCUGAAGUGGAGGUAGCCACGUUUCUAAGUGCGGUGGAGAAGUUUGGACCAGGACAAUGGAAACUGAUUGAAAACUUUCAUAAAAGUACAUUUAAAGACAGAACAAACAAAGAUUUGAAGGAUAAGUGGCGAAAUCUAACCAAAUGUAGGAAGAAAAAAGCGUGAGAGGUUCCCACUACGAUAGUGUGAACGAAGGAUCAUACAAGGUCUUGUAAAUUUUUUCUCUUUCAGUAUAUAUACAACUUUUUACUGUUGAUAAAUGUAACCACAAAUGUCAUCUUUGUAUGCGCACUUCCCACUCAAAUUGUGAAAGUUUUAAAGCUUAAAUAUUAAGAAGCCUUUCUCUUUCUCUUCCUCCCAA